AUGGCCACGCCAUGGACGCUCCUCCUUCCCCUCCUCCUCCUCACCUUCGCCGCCCCACGGCAGAACUCCCUUGCCUCCGCGGCCGCCGACGCAGGUGACGUCCUCCUCCAAUUCAAGGAGGCUCUCUCCUCCUCCGCCUCCGGCGUCGACGCAGCCCUCAAAAACUGGAUCCCGGGCUCCUCCCCAUGCCGCGCUAACGUCACCCUCUGGUCCGGCGUCCUCUGCAACCUCGACGGCAACGUCCGCGGCGUCCAGCUCGAAAACAUGAGCCUCGCCGGAACGCUCAACACCGACGCCCUCACGGGCCUCCCCGUGCUCCGCACCAUCAGCUUCAAGAACAACAGCUUCGAGGGCGCCAUCCCGGACCUUUCCAAGUUCCCCGGCCUGCGCUCCAUCUACCUCUCAAUGAACAGAUUUUCCGGCGAGGUGCCGGGCGGCUUAUUCGUAGGCAUGCAGUGGCUCAAGAAGGUGCACCUCUCGCGGAACCAAUUCUCCGGGCCGAUCCCGAGCUCACUGGAGCACGCGCCGCGGCUCCUGGAGAUACGGCUCGACAACAACCAGUUCGACGGCCGGAUCCCCAACUUCCGGCAGUCCGGGCUGUGGCUGGUUAACCUAUCGAAUAACAAUCUCGAGGGACCAAUCCCGAGGCGCUUUAAGAAAAUGAACCCUGGCUGGUUUGCCGGGAAUGACGAUCUGUGCGGUGCGCCUCUGAGUUAUGAAUGCGGGUCUCCGAGGAGGUUGUCGCCCGUUUUUAUCGUGGGAAUCAUUCUCAUUUGCAUCGCAAUCUUAUUGGUCGCAAUUGGAUUGUUCUUCAUCUUUUGCCGGCGCCGGAAGCAGCCCAAGGAAUCGGCAACGCUGCCGACCACCCAACCCGUCAAGACCGAGCCUGUUCAGGUCAACAGAGCCGACCAGCGUCCGGUUCACGCAGGCGGUGGUAGCGGGAAGAAAGUCCCAAAGGAAGAACAGGGAAGGCUGACAUUCGUCAAGGAAGACAGAGUCAAGUUCAACAUCCAAGACCUACUGAAAGCAUCCGCCGAGGUACUCGGCAGUGGCAGCUUUGGAUCCUCCUACAAGGCCAUCCUCUCCGAUGGCCCUGCAGUCGUGGUGAAGAGAUUCAAAGAGAUGAACGGAGCCGGAAGGGAGGACUUCUACGAGCACAUGAGGAGACUCGGGAGGCUCUCCCACCCCAAUCUCCUUCCCCUUGUGGCUUAUUACUACAGAAGAGAGGAGAAGCUGUUGGUCACAGAUUACGUCUUCAAUGGCAGCUUAGCUCACCUUCUCCAUGGGAGCCAAGGAUCGACUGUUCCUCCACUGGAUUGGCCGAGCAGGUUGAAGAUCGUCAAGGGCGUGGGCCGCGCGCUGGCCUACCUCCACGAGGAGCUGCCCGUGCUGAUCGUCCCCCACGGCCAUCUCAAGUCCUCCAACGUGCUCCUCACCUACUCCUUCGAUCCCAUCCUCUCCGACUACGCCCUCGUCCCGGUCAUGAACAAGUCGCACGCCUCCCAGAUCAUGGUGGCUUUCAAGUCCCCCGAGUGCACCGGCGGCGGCAAGCCCUCCAAGAAGUCUGACGUCUGGAGCUUCGGCAUCCUCAUCCUUGAGAUCCUCACCGGCAAGUUCCCGGCCAACUACCUGAAGCAAGGCCGCGUGGGCACCGACUUGGCUAGCUGGGUCAACUCGGUGGUGAAGGAGGAGAAGACGACUUGCGUGUUCGACGCGAACAUGAAAGGGACGGAGGGCGGCGAGGAGGAGAUGCUUAAGCUGCUGCGCGUCGGUUUGGCCUGCUCCGAAGCGGACGCGGAGAGGAGGUGCGAGCUCGGGGAGGCGCUCGCUAAGAUCGAGGAGCUGAAGGAGUACGACGAUGGCCGCUCUGUGCAGUGAUAUAUAUAUAUAGAUAUGCAUGGCAAGAGUUGAGGG